AGGCCUGGCCAGGUCAAAGUAUGGGAUUCCACAGCUAUGAGCCAGGAAGGAGUCAUGUGCCAGUUCUGGCAAGGAACAAUCGUGACCAAUGAGAGACUCGAAAAUGAAACGAAGUUACAGAUAAGAUGGGAAACAGUAAGUCAAGUGUGUCCAAUGUACUGCACAAAAGUUCCCGGAGUGUGAUCGUCAUCCAGUCACCUAUAGAACUCGGGAAUAACCUCACUGAUGAUCCUGCUCCUGCCACCCCUCCUCCGUCUACAAGCACGGCAGAAGCCAGCAGUGGCGACCACGAGUUGUCAACAACCUCCACGUUGAGUGCAAGGGGAGUCAAAGAGACAGCAGGAAAAGGAUCAUUGACUGAAUUUGCAGCCUUAGGUAAAUUCUCCGUAGGACUAGACAAUGACCCCAGAGAACCAGACAAAAUCCCUACAGGACCAAACGAAGUUGCGGCAGAAGUGGGCAAAAUGCCCAUAGCAUCAGAUCAAGUGCCCACAGAAGCAGCCAAGGACCUCGCAAAGCCAGACGAAAUCCUAGGAGAGCCAAAUAAAAUCCCCGUGGUAACAGACAAAGUCCCCGCAGAACCAGUCAAAGUUCAGACAGAACCAGUCAAAAUCCCCACACUAUCAGAAGAUGUCCCCACAGAAGCAGGCAGAGUUCCCGGAAGGCCAGUCCAAGUCCCCACAAAAGCAGACAAGGACCCCACAAAACCGGGUAAGGUUGGAGCAGAACCGGGCAAGGUCCCCAUAGAACAAAACAAAGUCCCAGCGAAAUCAGGCGAGAUCCCUACAAAACCAGAUAAAGUCCCAGCAGAAGGCCCCACAAAACCAGAUAAAGUCCCAGCAGAAGGCCCCACAAAACCAGACAAAGUCCCAGCAGAACAAGGUGAGGCCCCCACAACACUGGAUAAAGUCCCAGCAGAAUCUGGAGCGGUCCCUGCAAUACCAGACAAAGUCCCAGCAGAACCAGGUGAGGUCCCUACGAAACCAGACAAAGUACCAGCAGGAGGCAAGACCCCCAUAAAAGCGGACAAAGUCCCAGCAGAAGUCCACAAAAAAGCAGAUAAAGUCCUUAUACAAGACAAGGUCCCUACACAACUAGCCAAUGUCCUAGCAGAACCAGCAGACGUCCCUACAAAACGAAAUAAAGUCCCAGCAGAAGGUAAGGUCCCCAUAAAACUAGACACAGUUCCAGCAGAACUGGCAGAGGUCCCUACAGAACUACAUAAGGUCCUAGCACAAGGUAAGGUCUCCACAAAACCAGGCAAAGUCCCACCAGAAUCAGUGGAGCUCCCCACGAAACUAGACAAGGUCCCAGCUGAAGACAAGGUCCACACAAAACCAGACAAAGUCCCAGCACAACCAGUAGAGUUCCCUAGAAAACUAGAUAAAGUCCCAGCAGAAGACAAGGUCCCCACAAAACUAGACAAAGUCCCAGCAGAAUCAGGUGAGCUCCCCACAAUAUCAGACCACGUCCAAGCAGUACCAGGCAACGUCCUCUUAAAACUAGACAUAGUCCCAGCAGAACCCGGAGAGAUCGCUACAAAACAAGACAACAUCCCAGCAGAAUCAGGUGAGCUCCCCAAAAAAAAACGGACAAAGUCCCCACAGAAACACCUAAGGUUCCCACAGAACCGGACAAAGUCCCCACAGAACCGGACCAAGUCCCCACAGAACCACCUCAGGUCCCCACUGAACCACACAAAGUCUCAGCAGAACAAGCAGAUGUCCCUACAAAACCGGACAAUGUCCCAGCAGAAGUCCCUACAAAAGCAGACAAAGUCCCCACAGAACCAGCAGAGGUCCCCACAAAACCGGACAAAAUCCCAGCAGAACCAGUAGAGGUCCCCACAAAACCGGACAAAAUCCCAGCAGAACCAGUAGAGGUCCUCACAAAACCGGACAAAGCCC